AAACACGAUGGACCGACAGAAUAGGGACUUACACAGGAAGUAAAGUUCAAUUAUAAGGCUUGCUUAUUUUGACAACAAUAUCUGAGACGGGUGGAUUAAGAAUUUUCAAACGAUUUCAAGCUUAUUUUAUGCGACAUUCAAAAUGUUGAUCAAGGUUAAGACCCUUACUGGCAAAGAAAUAGAGAUCGAUAUUGAGCCCACAGACAAGGUGGAGAGAAUUAAAGAAAGGGUGGAAGAGAAAGAGGGGAUUCCACCUCAACAACAAAGACUAAUCUACAGUGGAAAACAGAUGAAUGAUGAGAAAACAGCUGCAGACUACAAGAUCCAGGGAGGCUCCGUGUUGCAUCUGGUCCUGGCACUAAGAGGAGGGCUUCUCUACCACUGUCCUAGCAUACAAAUUCACUCCUAGUGGGCUGUGGGCCUUGGCUUGUACCAACUGUAGUCAUCGUCACCCCACGUUUCAACACAGAACAGCAAUUUGCCAAAAUGCUGUGGCACUAAAAUCCCUGGGCCUCCUGGGCCUAAGCAAACAAAGGACUUUCUGCUAUGAUUCCUCUGUGUAUGUUUUUUUUUUUUACCACCCAUGUUUACGUUGUAACAUUGUAAGUGGGACACAGAGUGUGUGAGUUUGGACACUGGUUAUUUUGCUUGUGAAUAAAGUGAAGUUGACUGUUA